GCGACUGCAACAAUUUAGAAGAAGAAGAAGAAGAAGAAGAAGCUAAUGCUAAUCCCACAUUAGCAACAUAGCAGUGAAACUAAACUACGAGGAGACGGACGGAGAUGUCGGCCGACACCAAGAUUGCAGAACUGCUGACGGAGCUGCACCAGCUCAUCAAGCAGACGCAGGAGGAAAGGUCACGCAGCGAACACAACCUGCUCAACAUCCAGAAAACCCACGAGAGGAUGCAGACGGAGAACAAAACGUCUCCGUACUACCGCACCAAGCUGAGAGGACUCUACACCACGGCCAAGGCCGACGCCGAGGCCGAGUGCAGCAUCCUCCGUCACGCCCUGGACAAGAUCGCAGAGAUCAAGAGUCUCCUGGAGGAGAGGAGGAGAGUGACGGUGUACAGCGACAGCGACCCGCCCAAGAGGAAGAUGCGGCGCGGCGUCCUGAUGACGCUGCUGCAACAGUCGGCCAUGACGCUGCCGCUGUGGAUCGGAAAACCUGGGGAGAGCCCCCCCCCUCUGUGCGGGGCCACCCCGGCCAGCGGGGACUACGUGGCCAAACAGGGAGACAAAGUGGCCGCUCGAGUUAAAGCUGUUGAUGGAGACGAGCAGUGGAUCCUGGCAGAGGUGGUGAGCUACAACCACUGCAGCAACAAGUACGAAGUCGACGACAUCGAUGAAGAAGGAAAAGAGAGACACACCCUGAGCCGCCGCAGGAUCAUCCCCCUCCCCCAGUGGAAGGCCAACCCGGAGACGGACCCGGAGGCGUUGUUCAGCAAAGACCAGCUGGUGCUGGCGCUUUACCCACAAACCACCUGUUUCUACCGGGCGCUGAUCCACGCGCCCCCCCACCGGCCGCAGGACGACUACUCGGUUCUGUUCGAGGACACGUCGUACGCCGACGGCUACUCCCCGCCCCUCAACGUAGCGCAGCGCUACGUCGUCGCCUGCAAAGAGAACAAGAAGAAGUGAAGAACUGUGAAGGACUGGCCACGCCCCCUGUGACGUCACACACAACUGGACACGCCCCCUGUGACGUCACACACAACUGGACACGCCCACCUCAUGUCAGUCACAGCUGACUUUAGCUCGGCUGAUGCUAACCCGGGAUGCUAAUUAUUAAAGUUUGUAAUUCCGUCCCAACGUCC